UGUCAUGUUGGACGCGAUGUCGUUAGCAUUUCAGUUUGUUGUUAGCGUCAUUGCUUGCUUGAUUUAGCUGUUGUCGUCCGUGCAGACGUUGCAUGUCCCGCUGAACCCAACAGUUCGUUUGUGCAGUGAACGGGCUAACGCGUAAUGUUAACAGAGCCCGGCGAGGCGCACGAGCCCGCUCUGCAAUGCCCACAUAAGCGGCAGUGGCUAGCGGGUUAGCUCCUAAUGCUAAACGAAUCAAGGCAGGAUGCGGCGCCGCACAUCUGUCACACGUCUUUACACGAACGCUGCGUGCUUUUAAAGAGUUGAAUGCGUUAACUUCAGCUUGGCAACAGCGGGUGUUGUCUUCCAUGUUCGCAUCGCUAAGUCGUCCUGCGGAUUCCAAUGAUAUUUUGGACGAUGACAGGUCCUCUCCAAAAUCUGAGAUAGGGUUACGUGAACGGCAGCAUCUGCAGCCCUACGAUGGAUAACUUCAGUGAGGACAGCAAAGCGAGCCAAGAGGAGAAGCUUGCGUCCGCCGCGGAUGACACUCUGGAUGAAUAUUUAAUUGCCCUCCAGCAUAAAAACAGGAUCCUAAAACGCCUUCAAGUCAAGGACCCCAGGGAGAUUGAGUUGGAGCGGCUUGAGCAAGGUUUUUCAAUUUAUCUUAACGGAGCCAACGCUGAGGCCAGUAAGAAACCGCUCAAGAGCUCCAGUCAUAAGUCUGUCUCCUCCCCACCUUCCUGGAGGCCUGCACACACAGCUGAUGUCUGUAGAAGCGCCCACCAGCUAGCUGAAGAUAGCUGUAAUUUGGUGCAGGCCCACAGGAAGAGGAGCCACACUGCCCCGGGAAAGGUCCAGAGGAAAGAAUGGGUGCAGGAUUCGGUCAAGAUUCGAACAGAAGAAGGACUGAGUUUGCAGAUAUCCCCAGAAACCCGCUACUCUGAGGAUUUUGAUCCCUAUGAGAGCGUAGCCAUGGAGCGCUCCGGUCCACGCUCACCUCGUAGUCCCCGCUCCCCAAGGGACAACUGCAAGGUGUCGCGCUCCUUCAGCUCUAGGCCUGAAAUCCAAGGGGCACAAGGGAAUCAGGAGCUCAGUGAGAAGGUGCUGCUCAAUCUGGAGGAAGUAAAGGUUCUGCGUCAGAGCCUGGAGGUCAGCAUGAGGCGGAGCAGCCGUGGAUCGGCAGGAGAAGACUCAGACGAGGAGUGGGUGGAGGAGCAGAUCGAGAGGGAGGAGAGCACGGAGAGUCUGGAUGAGCUGGGGCUUCCGCUCACGUCCUCCAAGGCCUCCUCCAGCCCGCGGCCCAGCAGUUCCCAUAGCCAUUUUGACUCAUCAAACCUCAUUGUCCUGGAUUUUGGACCCUCGCCUAAAGGUCGUAAGAUUGAGCGCUCUCUGUCUGCAAAAAGGAAAGACAACUUUGAGGCCUUUAUACCCACAAAACCUACGCUGGUGAAGAGCAAGACUUUAGACAGGCCACCUUCAAAGGAGAUCUGGGAUGUUCAGAGGCAGAGGAGCCGAGCGGAGAGGCCCCUGUCGGCGGCCAGAAAGGUUUCUGUGGAGGAGCGAGACCCGGAGGACGCGGCAUGCAGGGUGCAGCAGGCCAUCCAGAAGGAAAAUGAGCCCGUGCAGAGUCCUGAGCUCUUCAACCGCAGCACGGCCUGGGGACACCAUAGGAUGAAUGGCCUAGGGCAUCACAACACCCAUGAGAAGGAUGAGAAAAGCGUCACGUUGGCCAUGCAGAGGAUUAAUCUUAUGGCCCCCAGGCAACAACAGAAGCUCCUUAAAGCACUGGAGAAACUUGAAUCUGGACCCGGCUAUAAUGUUGGUCAGAGUGCGAAAGCAGACAAGCAGCCGAGGAGACAGUCCUCUUCAGAGGUCACGCCUGCGCUGUACGUUACCAUGGAGAUCCUGUCAAACUGGGAUAACGCUUUGCAGGUCGGGCUGACGGAGUUGCAGUUCUUUUGCCUCAAAAACAAGAAGCUGUACGUGUCACCACACGAUCUGGAUAUCAGGAACGCUGACUACCCUGGAAACCUUGGAGCUCUUGUGAACGGAAAGGUGAAGACCACCAAAGAGCAUCAUAUGUGGACGUGUGCGUUCCACCCUCCCAUUCAGCUUUACUUCAUCAUCAGGAACAUGGAGCGCUCCCCAGACUUUGGAAUAUCUCGCAUCAAAAUCUGGAAUUACAACAGAAGCCUUAAUGAGCUUGACAUCGGUGCACGGCAUAUAAAACUGUACCUCAACAGCACAUUGGUGUUUGAAGGUGAACUGGAAAAGGGUUGCGGCAACCAGGUCUUUGACUACAGCACCACGAUUGACCUGCAAGAUUUAGAGGUCUCAGACUCUCUGUUUUCCAGCCCUGUGUCGUCAGGACACAAUCUGCGAGGUGUCAGCCCCCAACGCAAUGAAGACAGGAAGGGUGGCGAGAGACACCACAGUUUGAAUUCCCACUCGUCAGACACAGCCGCUCUGUCAGUGAUGGAAAUGCAGGAGAAAACGCACGCACCCCUGCCGCCCAUCGCUGCAGCAGCCGUAGGGGUUUCAUCCUCGGCCCGUCAUUCCUCCACGCACACAAACUCUUUCGACCUGUCUGCCUCAGAGGAGCCGCUGUCCCUCAGGCAGCAGGUGGAACCGCCAGCGCCCAUGGAGCAGACAGUAACCACCCAACCGUCGUCCUCGCGAGUCACCCCACAGUGGCUGCAGCCGCUCGCCAGGGGAGCUCCAGAGGGCUGUGAGUCCAGCAGGGAACGGCCCCUGUGGCUGGUGCCCCAGCAGGCGGCUGAGCCCAGGUCGCCCUCGGUCACAUCCUCGUCGAUGCUCCCGGAGUUGCCGUGCAACCCCGGCCGGGUGUGCAGGGGGAUGGAGAGGACAGUCAAUGGGGGUCAGUGGAAGGGCGACUCCUUGGACCUCAGCUGCGAUCUCAUGGACGAGCUCAAGGAGCAAAGGGCAGACAGGCCCUUCAGUGGGCGCAGAAGCUCAUUUCGAAGCACACCACUUCCUGCCCGGCACCUAGAGGAGCAGCACCUCAGAGCCACUACGCUCUCGAACGCAGAGGAGCCGGUGUCAUCGGUGAACAACGGCAGGAGGCAGUCGUCGCCUCGCGCUCAGCUGCACGGCCAGCAGGACGACCCGCUCAUGGAGUCCUGGGACUCUCUCACCAAGUUCAACCAGUGCCAACGCGGCCGCAUCUCCAACAUGAGCUACGAAGGCGACAUCUUGGACGAGUUCCUGCAGCGCCAGGGCCGCGGCCCCCCCGCGGUCCCGCUGGGCUCCUCCAGGAGCCCUCUGUCAUCGCUGUCUGCCCAGGGGGCGCUCUGUGAGGGCCCCGACGACGACCCGUCCAUGGAGCGGGAGGAUGAGUUUGAGAUCCCGGUGCUGCCUCAGGGCCAAAGGCUGGUCAUCCACAUCCUGUCCACGUGGGGCGACCGCCACUAUGUGGGCCUCAACGGCCUGGAAGUCUUCAGCUCCAGUGGAGAGCCUCUGCGCCCCGCUCAGAUCCACGCCGAUCCCCCGGACAUCAACAUCCUUCCUGCGUACGGCAAAGAUCCACGCGUGGUCACCAACUUGAUCGACGGCGUCAAUCGCACCCAGGACGACAUGCAUCUCUGGCUGGCGCCGUUCACCCCCGGCUGUAGUCACACCAUCUACUUAGACUUCGGAGCGCUUUACCAAGUGGCCAUGAUCCGUGUGUGGAACUACAACAAAUCACGCAUCCACUCGUUCCGUGGAGUGAAAGAGGUGGAAAUGCUGCUGGACGGCAGGUGCAUCUUCAGGGGAGAGAUCGCCAAGGCUUCAGGGACGCUCUCUGGAGGCCUGGAUCAGUUUGGGGACACUAUUCUGUUCACCACGGAUGACGUGAUCCUGGAGGCCAUGUCUCGUUACGAUGACACCUUCCUCAGUGAAUACGAGGGUCCUGAAAGCCGGGUGUGUGAGGAGGAGCUGCAGAGGCCACGCACCGCCGAUGGAGAGGGGGAAGAAAGACCGUUCACACAGGCCGGCUUUCGAGAAGAAGACCUGACAUUCAAACUUAAACUCAACCAAACUGCAAACCAGCCUGAAGAGAACAUGGAACACAUUCCUGGGAUGUACACUGGAAAGUCUCUUAGACUGGAGCUGGCAUUGACUUGGGGCGACUCACACUACAUGGGCCUGACUGGGCUGGAGGUGGUCGGGAAGGACGGGCAGAGUCUACCUUUAGAUCUCAGUGUCCUGACGUCCUCGCCCAGAGACCUCAACGACCUGCCUGAGUACGAGCACGACCAGCGCACGCUCGAUAAGCUUAUAGAUGGUCACAACAUUACAACUGAUGACCAGCACAUGUGGCUGAUCCCAUUCUCCUAUGGAGAGUCCCACACUUUGAACAUUACCUUUAACAAGGCUCAGACCAUCGCUGGCCUCCGUAUCUGGAACUACAACAAGUCCCCCGAGGACUCUUACAGAGGGGUGAAGGUGAUCCAUGUGUUCAUAGACCAUGUUGCCAUCUCUCCGAGGGAUGGGUUCCUCAUCAGGAAAGGCCCUGGCAACUGUCACUUUGACUUUGCUCAGGAAAUCCUCUUUGUAGACUUCCUUCAGACGCCCAGCCACAACAAGAGCGCUGAGGACUUCCACAGAGAAAGUGCCAAGAAACAAGAGCAGGCCAGCAUGGACUAUGAAGCUCCCAUCAUGCCUUGUGGGUUCAUCUUUCAGCUGCAGCUGCUAACAACCUGGGGAGACCCAUACUACAUCGGCCUCAACGGCAUUGAGUUUUACGACCAGAACCACGAGAAGAUCAGUCUCGGUGACAACAACAUUGCAGCUUUUCCAGACAGUGUUAAUGUGCUGGACAAUGUUUGUGGGGAUGUGAGGACUCCAGAUAAAUUAAUAGAUGGAGUCAACAAUACCCAUGAUGGAAGACACAUGUGGCUCACCCCAGUGCUUCCUGGUCUGGUGAACCGCGUCUAUGUCAUCUUUGAUCAGCCGGUGACUGUGUCCAUGAUUAAGCUGUGGAACUACUCAAAGACUCCACAGAGAGGCGUGAAGGAGUUCGGGCUGCUGGUGGACGACCUGCUCGUGUACAACGGCAUCCUGGACAGCGUGAGCCACGUGUCCAGGGGCAUUCUGCCGACCUGCGAUCCAGUGGUGCCCUACCACACCAUCCUGUUCACAGACAACGCCUACAUCGCACACCGUGAGAGGAACACCGUCAUUAGCCCUCGUGGCAGCAGACACCACAAACAUAAUUACGUCGAAGAUCAGGAUGUGAAGUUGACCAACGAAAACCAAAUAGUCCAUCACAACAAGAAGAAGCAGGUUGCAGAUCCAGCGCUCCGGCCUAAAACCUGUAUGACCGACGGCAAACAUGGAAAGAGGCGGUACUGACUGACCGAUGAGAAAGCUGAUGUCCAUACAGAGUGAGCAGACCUGCAGUGGAGCCGCUGCUGGAGCCCACUGUCACAUGGCUGGUGUAGAUCACAGCUCCAGCCUGUCGCCACCACCUGGCCAUAGUGUGUAAUGGCAGACUGACUUCACAGCUGUUUUCACCCGUUUGUGGCUUUGGAUACACACACACACACACACACACAGGUUUCCACUUUAUGGUUGGAUUGCUCCCUUUGCUGUGAAGACACUCCCACACACCUGAACACGUACUGUACUGUCGCCCUGGCUGCCCCUCCCACGGUGCCAGGAUUAACUUGUGAGGCUGCAUUUUAUCAGCCCUUUUAUCGUGCCUAGUACUAAACACUAUUAUCUGUGGCUGCUACUUGUGACUUUUUGUGCUGCAUAUUUAAAUGCUGCUUGUGGUGUGUAAAUACUUACGUAAAAAGAAAAACUCCAGGACCACAAAAAUGCAUCAGGAUGUGGCUGAUGUUGCAUUUCUUACUGGAUCCAGUCCUCUGAUGAGCCUAGAUGUUUAGCUCUUUGCCUAAUGGGGUUGACCUGGAUAACACUCUCACCAGUGCACCAACCAAUCGUAAUGCUAUGCAGACACUAAUUUAUAUCUGUUAAUUAUUUAUAUCUAUUGCACAAUGCCUAAUAGUUUAGCUUGGGGAGAAAAGCUUCCAGAGAGGUUUUGCCCUUUGGAAAAUUUAUACUAAAGGGUUAAAUGGUAGUUGAAACAGUACAGUAGUCAGAUUUUUGUACAUUUCAACUGAAAAUGAAAACUUAUUUGGCUCUAUGAAAUUAGUUGAGUGUAUUUUUUCUGCUUAAGAUCAGGUAGAAAACGCUUGAAUCAAAGUGACCUUGAUUGAAGUUGCUAUACACUAGAUUUUUGGGGAGGCGUUUCCUGAGCUGGAAAAGCCGGUUUAGUAAUUUCUUUAAAAAAAAGAACACGGAUAAUCAAGUAUGUACAUUAACAGGCAACUUCCUUUAUGCAAGUAUUAUAACCUUACCUCAAAUUGAGAAGACUUAUCUUUACAAAGGGAAAAUACAGUUCUACCUUCACUAUGAUACUCAGUAGUUGGUGUUGUACUUUUCAUUCAGUAUUUAUUGUACUAACUUGUUGCAUGGAAGGAUCCUUCACCAUUAGCUGUUGUCAUCUUCAAAUGUGAGUCUUUGUUUGACACUGCUUACACCUGAUGGUAGUUAUUGUAUAUAAAAUGCAGUUUUAUGUAUUUGAGUUGACAUCCAACAGCAGCAGGAGCCUUUACUCUGCAUCAUUGCUGCUCUGCUGAGUGCUGGCUAUUUACUGUAUGUUUGGCGUUUAGUGUUUUGAAAUUGGAUUAUUUUUCUAUUCUUUAAAUCUGUAUAUUUAAUGUAGAUCUAUUUCAAUGAAUAAAGAUAUAUCUAUAUAUCUUA